AUGUCCACCACACACGAACUACUCAACGAUGAGGAGUAUCUCAAGAUCCAAAAGUUGAAUUCUGCUGGAAGUGACAGGAGAAACUCCAUCAUUCACGAUAUCGUCAAGGAUUCCGCUGAUUCUGAGAUUCAGAACCCAUCGGCAGAAACUAGCAUGAAUGUUUUACAAAAGGAGGAACCUGUGAUUGCCUUAGUGUCCAGCGAGGCAAGCAAGGGACUCAGAAAUCGUACCGAGGCACCAACGGUCGCCGUAAAUGAAGAAGACGUUAUACCACCCAUAAUAACCAUUAAUGAUGAAGAUGCAAAGACUUUCGCUAAGAUCACACCCAUCGAUUCCAAACAGAGACGUAUUAAUGUGCAGAUUGCUAAAUUGAACGGGAAGGAACGUUCCAGAUUCCAUCGUGAUUCCAAAAAAUUGAUUUCAUUCUUUGAUGAUGUUGACUUCGAUGUCAGACCAACCAUUAUUGAUGGUGCCAUUAGUGAACCUUAUUUAGCCACUUUUGAUGGACCUGUUAUGGAAAGACAGGUGAAGGCAUUUGAAAAGAUGAAAAAAGCUCAUGAAAAUUCCACUAAAUUGCAUUUUGAAUCAAACUUCUCAGGGAUUUAUGUCAUGUUAUGGAUGGUAUUGGGGACCACUGCCUUAAAGGGUUCCGUGGAUUAUUAUGUGGAACAUAAUUACAGUUUGAAAGACUUGGUCAUUUUGAGGAUGAUGGUGAACGAUAUUCCAAAUGUCAUUAUUCUAGAUUCACUAAUGUAUUUUGCAACAUUUUUUGUUGUCUUGAUUCAAUGGCUUAUUAAGAAACAUGUUAUUAAUUGGAAUUCAACGGGGAAAACCAUUGUUUCUCUUUACGAAAUGAUAUACACUGUUGGAUUUAAUUAUUAUGUUUUUGAUGAAAGAUUUGCAUUCCAUUGGAUUGCAAGAGUAUUUUUGUUUUUACAUUCUAUGGUUUUUUUAAUGAAGAUGCAUUCAUUUUCAUUCUUUAAUGGGUACCUUUGGGACAUUACUAAUGAAUUAAAAUUUGCCAAAAAGGCAUUAGAAAAAUAUAAAGAUCAACCAAAUGAUGAAAUUAUUGAGACUCUAAAGAGAAGUCGUGAUUUCUGUGAACAUGAAUUAAGUAUGCAAUCAACUUCCAAAGAUGAUGAAUUCCCCAAUAAUAUAUCAACAUGGAAUUAUUUUCUCUUCACAAUGUUCCCCACUUUGGUGUAUCAAGUGAUUUAUCCAAGAACUAAAACCAUUAGAUGGGGGUAUGUUCUUGAAAAAGUUUGUGCAGUGUUUGGAACCAUCUUCGUUAUGACCUUGGUGGCAGAAUUAUUCUUAUAUCCAAUCACUGAACAAGCUCAAAUUAUGCGUCAACAUUUCGUAUGGCCACCCACAAGAAAGCAAACUGGGGAAUGGUUUUAUGUGCUGUGUGAAUUAGUUCCAGGGUUUACGGUCAUGUAUGUUUUAUCAUUUUAUUUAAUUUGGGAUGCCAUAUUAAAUGGAUUCGCUGAAUUAACUAUGUUUGGUGAUAGAUAUUUCUACAGUGACUGGUGGAAUUGUGUCUCAUUUAUUGAAUUUUCUAGAAUGUGGAAUAUUCCAGUGCAUAAAUUCCUUUUAAGGCAUGUUUACCACAGUUCUAUAAAUGCAUGGAAAUUAUCUAAAUUACAAGCCACUUUGUUUACGUUUAUGUUUAGUGCUGUAUUCCAUGAAUAUUGUAUGUUUGUUAUCUUCAAGAGAGUGAGAUGUUACUUGUUUCUAUUCCAAUUAUCUCAAUUGCCAAUGAGUUAUGUUAGUGAAUCAAGAUAUUUCACAGAUAAGAAAGUUUUGGCCAAUGUGAUUUUUUGGGUAGGGAUCUUUUCUGGACCAAGUGUUAUCUUGGCAUUAUACCUGUUGUAUUAA